AUGGCACCAAAGCGGUUCCCACGCACACCUGCGGUGUUGUUUGCAGCUACGUUGGCUGCCACAACGUCCGCCAUCGACUUCUCAGGUCAGAAUGACGUCACCCAGACUGCAGGCACAGUAGCGCCCGGAGGCGACACACCAACGACGAAUGCCGCUACUGGAGCGAGCGGCUUCGGGAAUUUCGAUUCUCCGAUGCAGUGGGAGGCCUCGUCCUCUAACAAUGUGCCCACGACUGCUCCCAUGGUCACACCUAGCGGUAGUGGAGGCUGGUCUCAACCAACGAUGCCGGAAACGCCGUCGGUUUAUUCAGCGGGCAGCGGGCAGUCAAGCGGGAGCAGUCAAACUUGGUCUCAGCCUACGACGCCAGAUACCCCUACGGUGUGGACACCAACCAGCGGACAAUCAAGUGGCACUGGUAGUCAGGGGUGGGCGCCUCCGACCUCAAGCGGUAGUGGAAACCAGGGCUGGACGCCACCGACAUCAGGUGGAAGUGGCGAACAGGGCUGGACUCCGCCAACCUCAGGUGGUAGUGAAAACCAGGGCUGGACACCAACAAGUGUUCAAGGAAGCGGAACUGGAGACCAAGGGUGGACGCCGACGGGAAGCGGAAAUGGAGACCAAGGACUGUCGCCUUCAUCCAACGCCGGACCGCCUUCAACCGGUGACUCCAGUGGGUACGACGAUGGAACACUGGGUGUGGAUUGCAGUGGGUCAAGCGAAGGCGGGGUGUCUCCCGGCUAUGAUAUGAGUCUCGAAUGCAGCGGCUCGGACGAAGAUAUGAACCCUGACAACGACUACAGUCUAGAGUGCAGUGGCUCCGACGAGGAGGAACCGUCUGUGUCGACUUCGACGGCAGGCUCGUCAAAUACCACCCCGUCCACGACGACGGCUCCAACCACCUCUAGUGAAUCCGAAGACCAAGGCUCUUCGGACGCGGCUACCUCGGGAGGGAUCGAAGAGCCCACUCCUGCGACGUCGACGGAGUCUAGCGGAACCGGUGACCAAGGCUGGUCGCAGGCGACUCAAAUCUCUUCGGCGUCGUCAUCUAACACUGAAUCGUCCUCAAAUACUGCUCCGUCACCCGACGCUGAGACGACGUCGCUUGUCCCCGACGAGGUGGACAGCGGGCCGUUCGCUAAGCUCCACGCUAAACACGCUCGCAUGCUCGUGCACGAGAAUGUAUGGGCGAUCAUGGCCACCACGUCCGUCACGUUCGGAGGAUCAGCGUUCGCAAAUGUCGUUUCCUACAGUGAUGGUGUUGGGCUAGCCAAGGAGGACGCAACUGGAACAUUGUUCUUCUACCUGUCAGCCGAUGACUUCACAGCGAUGGACUUGAAGGCGAAUCCGAACGCGACCGUGGCACUGUCAAAAGCCCAAGGGGGAGCGAAAUCUUGCCUCAUGGACGCCGAAGACCCAACGUGCUGGCGACUCUCGAUGACAGGGAGAGUUGUUCCAGUUAAGGAGAACCAACGGAACUACGCCGAGCGUGCUGUCUUCUCCAAACACCCGCAGAUGAAACACUGGCCGAAGCGCCAUGACUUUAGCUUCUACGUGAUGGAGAUCGAGCACAUUGUGUUCUUGGACUUCUAUGGCCCUGCACAGCACAUCCCAGUCGGUGACUACUACAAGAUCAAGCUGUAA